AUGGAAGAAGAAAGUAAGAAAAUUGUCCAAAAUUUUGUAUUAACAAAAGUUAAAUUUGGAAUUGUAUUUGAAUUUUAUCAUGCUUCGCAGCAUUUAUUCACCACAAUGCCCCAUAAAUGUAGCUUUGAACUAAAAUUGAAAAGCGUGCAUAGCGAUUUACCAACAAAAUCAAUAUUUAUACAAGUUAUGAUGGAAAAUUGUCUUGUCAUUUCUGUUGCAAGAGCAAGAAGGUUGACUUAA